GCUGCGCUUGCGCAUUGCACGAUUUCCUGAGUGGUUGGCGACCGCGGCCAUUUUGUGGACCCUUUGGUUCAACGCUCCCCCUCCCCACAUCAGCGUUCUAUGACUCCUACCUUGGGGGCUGCCGAGGCUAAGAAAAAUCGAGGGGCCUGGAGCGGCUCGGUUGUUUUCGUUUUUUUUUUUAAUAGGAUCUCGGAGUCUCCCGAGUCCCUACGCUUUCCUCCCCACUUCGGUGCAGGCAGGCUGCUCCCAGGCAGCUUUCCUGUAGCAUGAUGGAAGACGACGGACAGCCCAAGACCCUCUAUGUAGGAAAUCUUUCCAGAGAUGUGACCGAAGUCCUUAUACUUCAAUUAUUCAGCCAAAUUGGACCUUGCAAAAGCUGUAAAAUGAUAACAGAGCAACCCGAUAGCAGAAGAGUCAACUCUUCUGUUGGAUUUUCUGUUUUGCAGCAUACAAGCAAUGACCCUUAUUGCUUUGUGGAAUUUUAUGAACACAGGGAUGCAGCUGCUGCAUUAGCUGCUAUGAAUGGGAGAAAAAUUUUGGGAAAGGAAGUAAAAGUUAACUGGGCAACAACACCAAGUAGCCAAAAAAAAGAUACUUCAAAUCAUUUUCAUGUGUUUGUGGGAGAUUUAAGUCCAGAAAUAACAACAGAAGAUAUUAAGUCAGCAUUUGCUCCUUUUGGUAAAAUAUCGGAUGCACGGGUAGUUAAAGAUAUGACAACAGGAAAAUCAAAAGGAUAUGGUUUUGUAUCAUUUUAUAACAAAUUGGAUGCAGAAAAUGCAAUUGUGCAUAUGGGAGGCCAGUGGUUAGGAGGUCGUCAGAUCAGAACUAACUGGGCAACACGAAAGCCACCUGCUCCUAAAACUACACAAGAAAACAACACAAAACAAUUGAGAUUUGAGGAUGUAGUAAAUCAGUCAAGCCCCAAAAACUGUACUGUCUAUUGUGGAGGAAUUGCUUCUGGAUUAACAGAUCAGUUGAUGAGACAGACAUUCUCCCCUUUUGGGCAGAUUGUGGAAACCAGAGCUUUUCCAGUUAAAGGCUAUUCUUUUGUGAGGUUUUCAACUCAUGAAAGUGCAGCACAUGCGAUUGUUUCAGUCAAUGGAACUACAAUUGAAGGACAUGUUGUUAAAUGCUACUGGGGCAAAGAAACACCAGAUACAACAAAAGAAUUCCAGCAGGUGGAGUACAGUCAGUGGGGACAGUGGAGUCACGUUUAUGGGAAUCCACAGCAAUAUGGGCAGUAUAUGACAAAUGGAUGGCAAGUGCCAUCUUAUGGAAUGUACGGUCAAGCAUGGAAUCAGCAAGGGUUUGGCGUUGAUCAAACACCACCUGCAACCUGGAUGAGUGGAUUUGCUGCUCAGCCUGCCCAGGGACAAGCUGCUCCGGUAAUACCUAAUCAGGCUGGCUAUGGUAUGGCAAGUUACCAAACACAGUGAGCUAGAACUCUGCUUAGAAGUGUGAUUUCAAGGCAGGUUUCAUUUUCCGAUGAUUUUUUCUAAAGCCUGAAAUACAGACACUGGGGAGAAGAGGGAAAGGAGGCAAAACGGGAGGGGGCCGAGACAGAGAAAGAAACAAAGAAUAUUUAUUUUGAAGAAUGAAAAUGUUUGGACCUUUAACACAGCAUUUGCUUUGAUGAAGGACACAAAUAUCUUCAAUGUAUGCCUUUUUAAGUUUUGUUCAUGAUGGGUAUGAACAGGUUUUCUUUAUGUACAAAAUUUAAAAUAAAGUCAUUAAAAACAAUUCUGACUGCACAAUUUGGUAUGUUGGGAAGGAAUGCUUAACAUUGUGGUUCUUAGAUCCAUUCCAUUUUCUUUUGUCUGCAGCAUUUUAUAUCAGGUUUUGAAAAAAAAUAUACAUUAAAGAUUCUUUUAAUUGAACAUUAAAUCCUGAUGUUUUUCUGUGGACCAAAGAUCAAAGGCAACAAUAUAUUCUUCAUUAAUUUCAGAGCCAUCAUUCAGAAGAAAUAUUCAUGGAAAUAUUUUUAAAUUAAUUUCCAAAAUAUUUGAAGAAACUUAAAUCUGGUGUACACAUUUUGGUUUGGUCUGAUGUAGUACUAGCAGAUAUUUCUGUUCACAUCCAGAAGCAAACUACAGCUUUUCAAAUUUAAUUUACUUGAAGCACAGAUUUGCUUUUACUUUAGAGGUGCCUUUUUAAUUUUGUUUUUUAAGCAUCAUAUUUUCCCCUUUAUAUUAAUAUCUGCAAUAUUUAGUAUGCUCUGAAAUUGAAGGAACAAUUUUAUACAGAAAGUUAUUUUAUUCUGCUGCUUUUUUUUUUUGCAGAGGAGUAAAAUAAAUACACUUUCAAAACUAGCUACUACAUAAAGUGGAAAAAAAUAUUAAGCCUUAUUUUUAAUUUGAUAAAUGACUCCUUUUGUCACCAGAAAACAGAUUUUUUACUUUAUGCUACUUACUAUGAAAAUAAUGAGGCUACUCUUGUACCUGAAUGUUUUAAAAAUGACACUGUUUU